CGACAUGACAGUUGCUGCUGCUGGGUCACACAAUGUACAGAAGGCAUAAACCGAGCACUCCAGAACACAAGAAGGAUUUUGCUGUGCAUGGAGCCACACUGCUGGGGCCACAGAAUGACAGAAGGUCUUUUUUCAACUUGUCUCAGCUUGUACUCUCUGCUGGCCAGCUCAGAUCACCACCCAUACUCAGGCAUUCAAAAAUCACUUACUUUGAAGUGGAAAUCCUUGAUGCGCAAAGUAAGAGGCAGAUCUGUGUGGUGGAUAAGGUACCUCCAUCAUCCACCCUCCUUGAUGUAAAACAUAAAUUUCACAAAGCAUGUCCCCAGUGGAACCCUUCCCGUAUUGGCCUGCGACUAGAACGCAAUGGGCCCUAUCUGAAGGAUUCCGCUAGCAUUCAAAGCUUGGCAGUUUCCUCCAUCAUUACGCUGUAUUUUACAGAUCUGGGUCAGCAGGUCAGUUGGACUACAGUUUUUCUGACUGAAUACAGUGGGCCUCUACUAAUCUACUUGCUCUUUUACAUUCGUCUCUCAAGUAUUUAUGUUGAAGAGGAGAGUACGGAGAGCUUCCGCCACCCAGUAGUUCACUUGGCCUGCUUCUGUCAUUGUUUACACUAUGCCAGAUAUCUUCUAGAGACGUUAUUUGUUCACAAGAUUUCUGGAGGGCACACGCCUCUGAAAAACAUGAUAAAGGGCUGUGCCUUUUACUGGGGAUUUACUUCUUGGAUUGCUUACUAUGUCAAUCACCCUCGAUACACUCCACCAUCAUUUGGCAACAGGCAAGUUAUUUUUGCUGCCCUCGCUUUUCUGAUGUGUGAAGCUGGAAAUCAUUUUAUCAACGUCGCAUUAGUCCAACAAAAUCACUCAGGGAAUAAAGCCUCUUUUCCAAGUCCAACUUACAACCCCUUCACAUGGCUAUUCACACUGGUUUCCUGUCCCAACUACACGUAUGAGAUUGGGUCUUGGAUUAGUUUUACGGUGAUGACACAAACGCUGCCAGUUGGAAUUUUUGCUUUCCUGAUGGCCAUCCAGAUGUCCCUCUGGGCCCAAAAGAAACACAGGCUCUACCUGAAGAAAUAUAAUAUGGGUGCGCUUAGGAAAACAGCCAUGAUUCCAUUCAUCUUCUAAGCUCUUCAAGCACUAGAAGCCCAUAUUCACUGUUUGAGAACUGUUUCUGGAAACAAAUGAACCCUUUCAUUUAGUAACCAAAGAAGGCUUAGGCAAGAAUUGUUGGGUAUCAUUUUCAGACAAUUAACAUCAGAAGGGGGUGUUUUGAAUUAAGUGAACAGAAUCUGGCUUUGAACCCUUGGUUUGUGUUAGAAGAUAUGAUUGAAUUAGAUUUUUUGCAAUGGAGUUAAUCAGGAGGAUAGGAAACUCUGUCUUGUGAAUGUUGGGCCAAAUCAUCAACUGGUGUCAAUGGGUGUUGCUCUGUUUCAAGCCCGUGGGGUGAUGCUGAUCUGCUCCCUGGGAGGAGCUGGCCCUUUUAAGGUUCAGUAGCAAAUGCAGAUCAGAUUCUAAGCGUUUUGCGUUGCAGGAAAUGCCACAGCUUUAACUGUAUUCAAAGCAGCAUGUUCUGCGUAAAUCCCUCUAAGCUGUACCACCAAACAGUGUUGGUUUAUAGAGUAUUAAUUAGGGUAGCUUUGCAGUUUUGUUUUACUGAAACAAUUCCUGACAACUGGCAAGUUGUUUGAUGAUGCAAACUGGCUUAAACUCAGCACUGUGGAGAAGUCUGUUGUUUUUUUUCCAGGAGGCAGCAUGGCCUAAGCGGAUUGAGUGAGUAUCAGGCAAAUGAAGUUCUAAUUCCAGUUUUAUGAACACAAGCACUGGCACAAUGGGUAAGACCAGUGGUCCAUCUAGCCCAGUAUUCUGUCUCCAACUGUGGCUGGUACUGGAGUGUCAGGGGGAGUGCUCAAAACAGGGCAAUUAUGGUGUGAUUCAUCCUUCUCUUCUCCUCCUGGCUUCUGGUAGUCCCAGGUUUAGGGUCACCCCAAGUAUGGCCUUACCUUGCCAUGUAUGUGCUCUGAUGCCAUGAGGAAAUCACUUGAAUCCAGAUGAUGACACCAUCUUUCAUGCUGAAUUAAUCACACCAGAAUUAAUGGAAUUGUUUGUGCAGUAAAGUAUCAGAGGGUAGCCGUGUUAGUCUGGGUCUGUAAAAGUAGCAAAGAGACCUGU